AUGUAUUUUGAUGAUUCAGCUGAUAAUGAUUAUCGAUUGCCUAGUGAUUGUGGUAGAAAUAGUGUCAAACGUAUAGUUGGUGGUAAUGAGUCUAAACCACAUACCUGGCCGUGGACUGUGGCUGUAUAUGUGCGCAACGUUAGGGCUAAAGCCGAUGACGACGUGUCGUUUAUAUGCGGCGCUUCAAUCAUUCAUCAGCGGUAUGUAUUGUGUGCGGCCCAUUGUGUUAAGUCAUUUGGUGUGAUCACACCGGCCGAUCAGUACAAACUGCUGUUGGGUGCACACGACCGGACUAACAGUGGCCAGUGGUAUAAUGUAUCUAAAAUUAUUGUACAUCGCAAAUACAAUGAAACAACCAUGCAGUACGACAUUGCAUUGUUUAAAUUGAAGGAACCGAUCAAUUUUAUAGCAUCCAAUCAUACAAUGGCACCGUUAUGUUUGGCCGAUGACAGCAUGAAUACUGAAACAUUUAAAAAUGAUCUCUCAGUUUGCGUUGGUUGGGGUGCGACACUACCAAUGGGUGAUAUAAGCAAUAAACUGAUGCAAGUGUCGAUUCCCAUUGCAUCCAAAAGGGAGUGCAUUAAAGCUUAUGAUAAGGAAAGUAUAACCGAUAUGAAUGUAUGCGCCGGUUAUAAGGAGGGAAAAAAGGACUCAUGUCAGGGUGAUUCCGGUGGUCCUCUAAUGAUAAGACGAAAGAACCAUUGGUUACAAAUUGGUAUUGUUUCGUGGGGUCGGGGAUGUGCUGAUAAAGAUGCCUAUGGAGUAUAUACACGCGUUUCAAGUCAUAGAAAAUGGGUUCAAAAUAUGAUCGCAAAAGAAAAGUAG